AUGGCUUCCAAGGUAUUUGCGUGGACAUGUGAACUGGGAUUUCUUGGUGGCCUCUGCGCGGCGGUCAAGUACAAGUACAGCUACGAAAACGUUCCGACAGAUGCGGCACACACAAAAAACUCAUUUGCGACCUUUUCCAAAGAUAGUCGUAGGGAAUUCUACGACGUUGCUAUAGUGGGCGGCGGCAUCGUCGGUGUGGCUACUGCACGGGAAAUUCGGAAGCAGUUCCCCAAGAAGCGCGUUAUACUGCUUGAGAAGGAGGCAGAUGUUGCGCAACAUCAAUCUGGUCACAACAGUGGUGUUGUCCAUGCGGGAAUGUAUUAUCCGCACGAUUCACUCAUGGCCCGUCUGUGCCCACGUGGUCACGACCUCAUGAUGGCAUACUGUAGACAGAAUAAACUUCCAUGCGAGCGUGUCGGUAAACUUAUUGUCGCGGCAGACGAAAACGAGAUUCCUGCAAUUGAAAAACUAUACGAGCAGGGAGUGAGCAAUGGUGUGCGGGAACUGAAGAUGCUUCGAAGUGAAGAGGAAAUUAAGAAGGUUGAACCCAAUGUCCGCGGUGUGUGUGCCUUGUACUCCCCGGAUACGGCUGUCGCCGACUUCAGCGCGGUGGCACGCUACAUGCUGAAGGAACUGCAGAAUGGGGCACGAGGACUAUUUGACACACAAUUCCGCUACGAGGCACUUGAUUUUGUGGGAUUGUCAAUCAACCACAACCUCCACCGCCCGAAGGAUGUGCCCACGGAGAUGGUGCUCAUCCGUGGCCGCGAGGAUGGUCAACUGGGGCCGGAAAAAACAAUUGUCGCCAAGAACGUCAUCACGUGCUGCGGUCUCUCUAACGACCUCCUCGCGCGCCGCUCCGGUAGUCCAUUGCAUUGGAUCGGCAAGAAAGUAUCGCAGACCUUCAGUUUCCGUGGGCGAUACUAUCAGCUGAAGCCAGAGGCACGCGGUCUUGUCUCUAUGAAUGUCUAUCCCGCGCCGGACAGCAGGAAAGCGCUCAGCGUUGGCGUCCAUUUCACACCGACGGUGGAUGAGCGCCGAGGUCGGCAGAUCAUCAUUGGACCGGGGUCUGCCGUGACGACGCACCGUUACGGAUAUUCUCCGUACUGCUUCGAUCUCGAAUACUGCUGGAACUCAUUCUUCAGCAGGGGUGGCUGGGUGAACUUCAUAUCGAAUAUAACUACUGUCGCUAAGACAUUUAGCGUGGAUGUCAGCCGUGCUGCAUUCUUGCGUGAAGCGCAGAAGCUGGUGCCGUCUCUAAAGGAUUCGGAUAUAGAGGAGAGUUUCUGCGGUGUGAUGGGAUUGGCCGUUACGGAGUCCGGCGGAUUGGAAAUGGACCUUGCGAUGGAGCUUUCACGGCCGCGCACGAUGAUCGCCACGUCCGUGAAACCUGACAAAGUGCUGGAGGCUCAAGAGGGUGGCGACGCGAGCGAGCAGACCCCAUCAGCGCCUGCAGCGGGUGGUGGUGGUGGUGGCCCGCUCAUUCUCAAUGUGCGCAACGCCCCGAGUCCGGCNCCAUCAGCGCCUGCAGCGGGUGGUGGUGGUGGUGGCCCGCUCAUUCUCAAUGUGCGCAACGCCCCGAGUCCGGCGGCUACGUCGUGUAUGGCAAUUGCGGAGGAAAUCGUUGUCACUGCCAAGAAAAACUUCGAGUGGGGAGUGUAA